AUGGUAGGUGAAUUGCGACGACUGUUUUUACCUCUUGAUUUCAGCUCUGUAAUGAUCGGUAAAAGACUGGAGAGCGGUAACGUGAAUUCAGUUGUGUUGGAUGGGGAAAUGGCACUCGGAAAUGGUACCAUAAGUGAGUUAAUUGAAGAUAAACUGCGAGAACAAUCUAUUUCAAAGGAUGAAGAAGUAGUGAUCAUUGAAAAAUGCAUCAGCCCUACAAAGUCGACGUCUAUUACAAGUAACCCACUCGGUGACAUACAUACUGAAACAGACGAGUUAGUUGCUGAAGGAUGUGUUACAAAUGCUGACGUAGUUGACAGAAAACCAAGUUCACGAGUGGAAAUACGAAACAUGCCACCCUAUUUCAAAUACAAGCAAGUCAAGGAACUUCUUUCGAAGCAGUUGAGCAAGUUCAUUGUAAGGAACAUUCGGCAUACGGGCAUAGCAGUGUUCUUUUCGGUACCGACUGCGGAAGAGGCUGCUGCUGCCGUCCAGAUUUUUGAUGGUUUCAAAAUAAAAGGUCGAGUCUUACAAGCCAGAAUAGCGCAAUCAGAACAACUGAAAAUUAAAUCGCUAAAUAACGAUCAAAUAAAGCGUACAGCACGCGAACGCGUGACACCACUGGCUGAUAAGCCAUACAACGAGCAACUCGAAAUUAAAAUGAAAGAUGUGAAACGAAUUGCGAUGAACUUUUUGAAAGAAAUGAUUGGUGCUCGUGUAAAUGGUGCCAGCAAAGUCGACAUUGAAUCAUUGAUUGAAUCUAUUCUUCCUUCACCUCGUAUCACCGAAUAUCGAAAUAAAUGUGAAUUUACAAUUGGUCGUAAUAUCGAUGGUCACAUAUCUGUUGGUUUUGUUGGCGGUCGAUUUGCUGCUAAUCAACAUUUUGUGGUAUCUGUGGACACAUGUGAUAAUAUAUCAGCCCAUAUGAAGCGAAUUGUGGGAGCCUUCGAAAAAUUGGUUGUGGAAAGUGGUGAAUUACCAUUCAAUGAGUUUGAACGGAAAGGUGUGUGGAAGAUGCUUUCCAUUCGUGAAUUUGGUUCAGAUAUAAUGAUGAUUGUAACGAUAUUUCCGAUGGAAGACAAAGAGCGCGAAAAAGCUUUGAUAAAAGUUGUGGAAGAACGAUUUCUUCAGCUGGACAACCUCUUUGAUGAAAAUAGUCUUUUUCGUAUUACAUCGCUGUAUUGGCAGCGGUUAGCGAAUGCUAGCGAUCCGGUUAUCUAUGAACAUAUUGCAGGUGCCCCUUACAUUUAUGAGACAAUCUUGGAUGCCCGGUUUCGAGUUUCACCCUCAUCGUUUUUCCAAACAAACACCGCUGGUGCCGCAAUACUCUAUAAAACGAUUGCCGAAAAAUGUGGUCUGUGUAAAAUGGAUGAUGCAACUUCACAGGAAGCGAUCGAUGCUGAUAUGGUUACUGCAAUUUCCGAAGAAGAUCUCGAAGAAUCUGCAAAUGAAGAUAACGGCGAGCCAAAAAUGAAGAUAAGAAAGCUUGAGAAAGUGGGAGUUGUUCAACAACAACAGGCAACUUUGAUCUUAGAUAUCUGUUGUGGCACUGGAACGAUUGGAAUAAGUUUAAUGAAGUUGGCGAGAACUUUUACUCGGAAAUUUUUAGUAGGUAUUGAAAUUAUACCAGAAGCUAUUGAAGAUGCAGCGACAAAUGCGAGCGAUAAUAAUUUGCCACCAGAUAGCUACAAAUUUGUGUCCGGUAAAGCCGAAAAUGUUUUCUUUCGUUUGGAACAGCUAGUACCAUCAUGGGUUGAUUUGAAAACAGCAAAUAUAAUAGGAGUAAUAGAUCCUCCACGUGCUGGAAUUCACGAAAAGGUAGUUAUUGGAUGCCGAACGCUUGCACAGUUGAAAAAAAUUGUCUUUGUUUCGUGUAGUCCGUCUUUGGCAAUGAAAAAUAUGGUUGAUCUUUGUCGACCGACAUCCAGAAAAUUCGAAGGUGAACCAUUCAAACUAACUUCCAUCACACCGGUUGACAUGUUCCCGCAAACAUCUCAUUGUGAAUGGGUCGUACAAUUCGACAGAUAGAUUCAGAUUUAAUAAAUGCCGUCUUACCCUGCUCUUCCAUAAAUCUGAUGUUUUUAUUAGUUCGUCCAAUAUUUUUCAAAAAUGUCCAUGGUAAUGCAUGUGGUACAUGCCGGUUACGGUUCAUUGUCUUCUAUAUCUGAACCUUAUAUUCUGUUGUUGUUAUAGUAAUGUCCCACUGUUAUUUCAUUAAUUGCAAGGUGACCUGUGUGCUUUUAAUCCGAUUUUAUAGAAUGAUUUAAAGUUUCGUUGCUACUGUAUAAAGUUAUCAUCAUCUUUGGUGAUCAUCAUCUGAUGAAGGAUGAUGCAUUUUGAGGGGCUCAAUUCAAUUUUUAAUGCACAUUUUUAUACAUUAAACAUUUUUAUGCCCAUGACGAAGGUAUUUAUUUAUCAAAACG